AUGGCGUGUUUAUUUACAGGUUUUGUCGUUUUAAGAAAGCUCUCCCUGGAUUCAAGUCUGAAAUUUUGUGUAUUUUGUCCAUGUAGCGGGUGUCGUACAUCAGUUACUGCUUUGGUCUUUUCCCAGUCUGCUGCAUCCUCCCGGUGGAUGUUCGGAGGGGAAAUUCCAAGCGAGUUGGUAGAUUUUAGGAAGUGGAGUGUUCUUGGACAACCUGUUACUAAACGGCUAGAUUCAUUGAGUAUGGUAUCUAUUUGUUUUGGGUGGAUGGACCUACUCCGCACAUUACUGACAAAUUCUCCAGCAGAGAAACAAAGUGAUAAUGCAGAUAUUUGUAAUGUAUGUGCGUUGGUCCCCCACAGAGGCCCUAUGGCCUAUGAGUCUCCGGAGUAUAUUGUUCCUUGCAGCAAUUUUUUGCUUAGUUUUAUCAAAAUGGUGUUUAUACGUUAG